AUUGGCAAAACUCUUUGAUAUGGUUGUUUUAGACGCUUAAAACACCUAGCAUGUUAAAUGCAGUAGCAUUUAAUCGAUGAUAAAGAUGGAUAACAAGUUGUAGGUUUUGUAGUUCAACAAUACAAUUGUGGGUUUUGUAGUUCAAGAAUGCAGUCGUUGGUUGUUGAACACAAUGCGUUUAUAGUUGGAGAUUUUUAUAUAAGAGAGUAAUAUUAUUCAAUUUUUAAACCUCCAAGACCCACAGUGAAUUGAAGUGAGUCUGACCACAUGUCAAAAUUCAAAACUCCACAUGCAAAGCAAACAAACUCCCACUUAAUUCGCAUUCUUCGUUUUUACUUGGUCUCAUUAACUCCACCAAAUCCUCUCAUGCAUACAAACAAUACAUCAGACUCCUUCCAAUUCUCACUUCCUUGCUUUUUUCACCAUUUCUUACCCAAAUUUGGCUCCCGGCUAUGACCCUCAAAGGCGGCACCACCCAAGCAUGCGCUGCCUGCAAAUACCAACGAAAAAGAUGCACCCCUGAAUGCCCACUUGCCCCCCACUUCCGCCCUGAACACACCGAGAUCUUCAAAAACGCACACAAACUAUUCGGUGUCAAAAACAUCCUUAAAGUCCUCGAUCAAAUCGACCCUUCUCAAAAAACCGAAGCCAUGCGUUCCAUGAUCUACCAAGCCAACAUGCGCGACCGAUUCCCCGUUCACGGUUGCUACGGGAUCGUCAUUCAGCUUCAGAUUCAAAUUCGCCAGACCGAGAAAGAGCUCUACGCCGUUUUAUCGCAGCUCGAGUUUUAUAAAAACCAGAGACCACAACACGAGAUCGUGUUGUCGCCUCUCGACUCCCCCGAGUCGCAACGGUUGCAACUCGGAAUGGGAGUUGAACAACCGGACAGUGCCGCCCCCACCACGGCGGCACUUACCCUUUUCCAACACCAAGGUGUUGGUGGUGGCGAUAGUCACCACCAACACCAGCAACCACAACAACAACCAUUUGUUCUGGCAUCGGGGUUACCGAUUCCACCGUAUAGUGGAAACGGGAAUGGGCAUGAUGGGUAUAAUAAUAAUAAUUCAGGGAUUCAUAUGGAUUUGAAGGAGAAUAUGAUUUUUGUUUGGGGUCAACAAACGUAUUGUAAUGAGAAUGAGAAUAAGAAUGAUGAUGGUGGAAAAGGUGUAGUGUCUACGUUGCAGUCUGAAUUGGUUAAUAGCACACAGCAGUUGACUAUUCAAGAUGAAGUGACUCAUGACUAUGAUGAAAUCUAUCCGUUUUUUGAUACCAUUGAUGACACUCAAUCGUAUAUGGAUUCUAAGGAGGCUAAUGACUCAAGUCCGGAAUCAUCGCCUAAAGAGACCACACAAUCUCUUAAGCAUGUUGCAGGGAGUAACUUAAGAAGUGCUGAACUCCAAUUAGGAAUCAUGAGUCAAGAAUACCAGGCAAUUGCUUAGAUGAGUUGAGAGAACAAAAGUACACAGCUAAAAAGAGUGCCUUCUUUUACUUUGCUAUAGCCAGACUAGAUAUAUAAUCGAAGAGAGACAGUUUGACAGUUCAUUUAGGAAAAGGUAAGAUGAUUUACAGAUGACCUACAUCUACCACAGACAAAAGGCAUCAAAUCAAUGAACACUGGCCAAAAUUGAGGUAAACUUCUAAGUAACCCAAGAAAAUAUUUUUACUUAAGUGUGGAAUGUGGUCCAGAUAAGUGCUUGAUGAAAAACAUGGAGAAAUGGAAGGGAAAAAAAGGAAAAGACAUGAGAGCAAAUCUGCAAAAGUAGGACUUAAUGGGGAAAGCCUCAUUUCCCAUACUUUUCAGUUUUCACAUUAAGUCAUUCUUUUUGCACCGAGUCAAAUGAAAAAAUGCCCAGAGACCAAAGUGGGAC